UGACCUUGACCUUUUGAACAUCUAACGAGUAACAACUUUCACAAGAGUUCUUGAUAACAUUCUUGUAACAUUGUUAUCAAUCAUUCUGGAUAUACUUGGCUACGUUUAAUGGACCACUUCUUUACGAUAAGACAUGUCAACCAAUAGAUUCAGAGGUGGAAGAGGAGGGAGGGGAGCGUUUGGUGGAAGGUCUAAAACAGAUGAAAUACCUACCAAAGGAGUGCAUCCAUCAAUUUUGAAGUCAGCUCGUAAAAGUGGUCAACUGAACUUGUCGAAUAGAGAGCUUGGAACAGUUCCUGAUAGUGUCUGGCGUAUAAAUAUUGAUGUCCCAGAAGAAACUAAGAAUGUUACUCUAGAUAACCAAGAUGAAAGAUGGUGGGAUCAGGCUGAACUCACAAAACUUAUUCUCGCUUCAAACAAACUGACUGAGCUUUCAAAUGAUGUCAACUUACUACCUGCAUUAGUUGUUCUCGAUAUUCAUGACAAUGAAAUAUCUUCAAUACCCCCAACUAUCGCAGAAUUGAGAAAUCUACAAAGACUGAAUCUUGGGCAUAACAAAUUGACAGAACUACCAGAAUGUAUGAGCAGCCUGGUUAACCUGUCCCUCCUUCAUGUGGAACAUAACCAACUCUCCCAUCUUCCAGAGGAUAUAGGCAAACUCACAAGCCUGGAAGACUUGAAUGUUUCCCACAAUAACCUGACCAGUCUCCCAGCUUCAUUGGGCUAUCUGACCCAUGUUAUGAAAUGUAACUUCGCAAACAAUAACUUGCAGGAAAUCCCACCUGAGAUAGGCAGUAUGAGAGGACUAAGAACACUUGAGCUGACCCACAACAAAUUGAAUAGUCUCCCUGCAGAACUUGGAGACUUAGAAAAACUACAGCAACUUUCUAUACGUCACAACAAACUUACUCAUUUACCCCUGCUCAGAGCUUGUAAAGACUUGAAGGAGCUCAAUAUAGGGAACAAUGCCAUACUUGGUUUAACUCCUGAACACCUCGAACAUCUCCAAGCUGUCUCCGUAUUGGUUCUGAAUGACAACAAACUUGCAAAACUACCAGAGGAGAUAACCCUUCUGCAGGGAUUAGAGAGGCUAGAUUUAACCAACAAUGAUUUAACAGGCUUACCAUAUGUGCUUGGAACAUUACAAAAGCUUAAAGCUAUAGUUCUGGAUGGCAACCCAAUGAAAUCCAUCAGGAGGGACAUUAUAAUGAGAGGCACUAAUGAGAUCAAGAAGUACUUAAGAAGUAGAAUGGAUGAGCCAGUAGCACCUACACAGGGUGGAGCAAAGGGAGUUCAAUCCACACAAGGGGCAAGUGGUGUAAUAGGAGAUGCUGGAGACAAGGUGAAUGCUCAUGAUGUAGCUAGCUCCAAAUCACUGGAUUAUAGUGGAAAGAAAGUAUCAGAGAUCCCAACAGACAUCUGGGAGUUGGUCAGCAAUAAUGAAAUAACAGAUGCCAAUUUCAGUAAAAAUACUUUAACAAAAUAUCCUGAAAACAUUGUUCUGAUGUCAAGUACACUGCUGAACCUCAACUUAAGUAUCAACCGAAUAAAUGCUCUUCAUCCAGAUAUAAGCCUCUGUAUGAAGUUGCAAACAUUAAACUUAUCUAACAACCAAAUCAGUCAACUGCCACAAGAGAUGACUUCAUUACAGAGUCUUAGAGAAAUCACAUUGUCCUAUAAUAGAUUUCCAAUGAUUCCUGCAGUAUUAUACGAACUACCAAACCUGGAGGUGAUCCUCAUAAGCGACAAUCAGAUUGCAGACAUUCCAGUUUCCCAGUUGAAGAAAUUACAAAAAUUAUCCACACUAGACUUGCAGAAUAAUGCUAUUCGAAAUGUUCCACCGGAAUUAGGAACUUGUGACAAUCUAAGAGCUUUGAAACUGGAAGGGAAUCUUUUCAAGGCACCACGGCCAGCAAUAUUAGCAAAAGGGACUCUUGCAAUUCUGGAAUACUUGAAGGGACGAAUAGUGACUUGAUAUGACAUCUCUAAAUGCCAAUGAUUAUAUGAAACAUUUAAUAAUUCAUGUAAAGAACUUUUUCCUGGAUAUUAUUCUUUUACCAGAAAACCCACAUUUGAUAAAAUAAUGAAUUGAUUUGAUAAAAUGUAAAUAUUAUGUGAUGAAAAUAUAUGAUAAGGCUUUUGUUGAAAGUAUUUCCAAAAUAAUGUUCAUAACAUUCAUGACCUGGAGUACUUGUUUUAUCCUCUAUCUUUUCAAGAUGAAUGACUAAACACAUCCGUACACUGUACAUCUGAGGAAAUAAAUACCAUUUAGGUAUAUUAUAUUAUGAGCAC